CCACCAAGAAUAUAUGGACUUCCUAAAGUACACAAAGCAGACAUCCCAUUGAGGCCCAUCGUCUCCACAAUUGGCUCAGCGUCAGUUGAACUCAGUCAAUUUAUGACACAGAUUCUCACAGAAGCAUUCUCAGAUUUCCAUGAUUAUACCAUAGCUGACUCUUUCCAAUUUGCUUCCAAAAUUAAUAACUUUAUAUUACCCCAAGGGUAUAAACUCGUUUCCUUAGAUGCUGUCAGUUUAUUCACGAAUAUUUCACUAGAGCUAGUUAUACAAAUUAUCCAACAGGAAUGGUCCAGAGUAAGUCAGGUCACAACCAUAGAUAUAUCACUUUUUCUAAUAAUCAUAAAGUUUUUGUUUGAGUCCAGCUAUUUCGUUUUCAAGGGUUCCUUCAUUUCACAAAUCUUUGGCUGUGCAAUGGGGAGUAAAAUCAGUCCCAUUUUGGCUAAUAUAGUCAUGUCAGUGCUUUUGAAAUAUUGCAUUCCUCUACUGCCCUUCCAGGUGCCGAUUACCUAUCAAUAUGUUGAUGACCUUCUCCUUGCUAUUCCCGAAGACAGGACUGCUACGACUUUGGCAGUUUUCAAUAACUACGACCCACACAUUAAGUUUACUGCAGAAGAAGAAACUGAAAAUGGUGUCCCAUUCCUUGACACCAAAGCUAUCAGGUAUGUUUCGUAGAAUUAAGAAAAUCUGCCAUCCAGACUUUCUUCAUAACAGUGAAGAAAAGUUGCUUAAGAUCUUUGAGAACAAUGGUUACCCUAGGAUGUUUUUGAACAGAUGUCUGCAUUCUCUAACUUCUGAACAAGUCGACGAGGUCCCACAAAUAAGAACAUCGACAUUAGUCGAACCUGUCACACAUGAAAAAUAUGUAAGCCUGCCCUUCAUUCCACCAUUAACAGGUAAAUUGACCAAAAUUCUAAAAGAAAUUGAGAACAUAAAAAUUGCGAAGUACAAUCCUUUAGUAGUAGGCGUUCUUUUCAGCCAAACUAAAGAUAGGAUCCACACCAUGUCUAGAUCUGACGUGGUUUAUCGCAUUCCAUGUGAGAACUGUGAGUCUGUGUAUGUUGGACAGACAUCACAAUGUUUGAAAAGACGUAUCUCAAUACAUAAGAGUGACGCCAGAUUACGACCUGAUAGAUGUGCAUUAGCUAGCCAUUCGUCCUCUCUAGACCACCAUUUUAAGUUUGAUGAAGUUGAAAUAUUAUGUACCAAUUCUAACUAUAAUAAAAGAAGUUUCCUUGAAAUGUGUUUUAUAAAUGAAAAUGAAAAUAAUAUAAAUAAGAAGACUGACUUGAAGAAUUUAAGUGUUGUAUAUAGUUAUUUGUUAUCCUUAGAUCGUAGGCCAUCUAGACAAACAUGACUUUAUGUCACUUUGUGAAUUGUUGUUUUCUCUGUGUUCCCCUGUUCUGUGAGUUUUAACCUUUAAAAUUGACAUAUGCAUUACGGCAACGUUUCUGAUAUUUCUACGAUUAUUGUAUUUUUAUUGAAUUUUAUGAGUAGAAGACCUAUUAUAGCUGCACUUAUCAUCUUAAAUAACACUGUCCAGUCAGAUCAUCCUGAAGAAGAACCGCAUAUUGGUUCGAAAUAUAGAUGAAUAGACUAUAGA